GUGCGCCGCCGAUGCCGUGCGACGCGACGCGAUGCGAUGCGGUGCGGUGCGAUGCGGUGGUGGGUUGACACGGUGCGGUGCGGUGCGGCGUGGCCGUGCACGUGCGCUUGCGCUGUGUACAGGCCAGGGGCGCGCGCGGUGGGAGAGCGUGACGCGGGCGAGGAGCGCUGGGAUCGAAGAGACGCCGGGGUGCGGACUAGUGGCGCUGCGCCGGACGCGCGUGCCGUUGUGUUUGCGCUGUGUUUGCCGUUCGUCGAGGGCGUCGGGUCGGGUCUGGUCCGGGUCAGGCCCACGGGAGCCCACAGGGGAGGGUCAACUGAUAGUGUGGUGGCGCUCGGACGAGAAAGGAAGGAAGGUUCCAGGGAACUAGAUCCGAUGACGCAUGUAUCAUAAUAGCUCGCUGUGCCGUGCAUGCAGUUCGUAGCUGGCCGCUC